GCCCCGCACGGGGCGCACGCGCGCUCCUCUCGCCGCCCCUCCCUCCGCGCGGGGACCCCUGGCGGGCGGCAGGAGGACAUGGCCAGCGACGCCGUGCAGAGCGAGCCACGCAGCUGGUCCCUGCUGGAGCAGCUGGGCCUGGCUGGGGCAGACCUGGCGGCCCCCGGGGUGCAGCAGCAGCUGGAGCUGGAGCGGGAGCGGCUGCGGCGCGAGAUCCGCAAGGAGCUGAAGCUGAAGGAGGGGGCCGAGAACCUGCGGCGGGCCACCACCGACCUGGGGCGCAGCCUGGGCCCCGUGGAGCUGCUGCUGCGCGGCUCCUCACGCCGCCUGGACCUGCUGCACCAGCAGCUGCAGGAGCUGCACGCCCACGUGGUGCUGCCCGAGCCUGCUGGAGAUGGCCCCCAAUCCCCAGGUAUGGGCGGCCCUGCCUGUUCGGCCACCAACCUGAGCCUGGUGGCAGGUCUGGAGAAGCAGCUGGCCAUUGAGCAGAAGGUGAAGCAGGGGGCGGAGAACAUGAUCCAGACCUACAGCAACGGCAGCACCAAGGACCGCAAGCUGCUGCUGACAGCCCAGCAGAUGCUGCAGGACAGCAAGACCAAGAUUGACAUCAUCCGCAUGCAGCUCCGCCGGGCACUGCAGACUGGCCAGCUGGAGAGCCAGGUGGCCCCAGAGGAGGCCCAAGGGGACCCAGACCUGGGAGCAGUAGAGCUCCGCAUCGAGGAGCUACGACAUCACUUCCGAGUGGAGCAUGCGGUGGCCGAGGGUGCCAAAAAUGUGUUGCGCCUGCUCAGCGCGGCCAAGACCCCAGACCGCAAGGCCCUUGGGGAGGCGCAGGAGAAAUUGACCGAGUCCAACCAGAAGCUGGGGCUGCUUCGAGAGGCGCUGGAGCGGAGGCUCACGGAGCUGCCUGCCGACCACCCCAAGGGGCGGCUGUUGCGGGAGGAGCUCGCUGUGGCCUCGUCUGCCGCCUUCAGCGCGCUCCUGACUGGGCCCUUCCCCGCCAUGCACUACAGCACCCUGUGCAAGCCUGCGCCGCUCACAGGAACCCUGGAGGUGCGUGUGGUGGGCUGCAGAGACCUCCCAGAGACCAUCCCCUGGAACCCCUCACCCUCGAUGGGGGUACCUGGGACCCCCGACAGCCGCACCACCUUCCUGAGCCGCCCAGCUCGGGGCCUUUACAGCCGAAGUGGAAGCCUCAGCGGCCGGAGCAGCCUCAAAGCGGAAGCUGAGAACACGAGUGAGGUCAGCACCGUGCUCAAGCUUGACAACACAGUGGUGGGACAGACUUCCUGGAAGCCGUGUGGCCCCAACGCUUGGGACCAGAGCUUCACCCUGGAGCUGGAGAGGGCGCGGGAGCUGGAGCUGGCGGUGUUCUGGAGGGACCAGCGGGGCCUGUGUGCCCUCAAGUUCCUGAAGUUGGAGGACUUCCUGGACAACGAGAGGCAUGAGGUGCAGCUGGACAUGGAGCCCCAGGGCUGCCUGGUGGCUGAGGUCACCUUCCGCAACCCCGUUAUUGAGAGGAUCCCGCGGCUCCGGCGGCAGAAGAAGAUAUUCUCCAAGCAGCAAGGAAAGGCGUUCCAGCGUGCCAGGCAGAUGAACAUCGACGUCGCCACGUGGGUGCGGCUGCUUCGGAGGCUCAUUCCCAACGCCGCCGCCACGGGCACCUUCAGUCCCGGGCCUUCUCCAGGGUCCGAGGCCCGAACCACAGGUGACGUCUCCGUGGAGAAGCUGAACCUCGGAGCUGACUUGGACAGCUCGCCCCAGAAGAGCCUCCCGGGGCCUCUUUCCAGCCCGUCAAGCCUGAGUUCCCCCACCCAGGAAACUGUCAGCACUCCUGAGCUGCCCCUGGAAACCCAGGAGACCCCGGGCCCCGCCCUGUGCAGCCCUCUGAGGAAGUCACCUCUGACCCUCGAGGACUUCAAGUUCCUGGCAGUGCUUGGCCGGGGUCACUUUGGGAAGGUGCUGCUUUCUGAAUUCCGGUCCAGCGGGGAGCUGUUUGCCAUCAAGGCUUUGAAGAAAGGGGACAUUGUGGCUAGAGAUGAGGUAGAGAGCCUGAUGUGUGAGAAGCGGAUCUUGGCAGCCGUGACCAGCGCGGGACACCCGUUCCUGGUGAACCUCUUCGGCUGCUUCCAGACGCCGGAGCACGUGUGCUUCGUGAUGGAGUACUCCGCGGGCGGCGACCUCAUGCUGCACAUCCACAGCGACGUGUUCUCCGAGCCCCGAGCCGUCUUCUACUCGGCCUGCGUGGUUCUGGGGCUGCAGUUCCUCCACGAACACAAGAUCGUCUACAGGGACCUCAAGUUGGACAAUUUGCUCCUGGACACUGAGGGCUACGUCAAGAUCGCAGACUUUGGCCUCUGCAAAGAGGGCAUGGGCUAUGGGGACCGGACCAGCACCUUCUGCGGGACCCCGGAGUUCCUGGCGCCCGAGGUGCUGACAGACACGUCCUACACCCGGGCCGUGGACUGGUGGGGGCUGGGCGUGCUGCUCUACGAGAUGCUGGUCGGUGAGUCGCCAUUCCCAGGGGAUGAUGAGGAGGAGGUGUUUGACAGCAUCGUCAAUGAUGAGGUCCGCUACCCGCGCUUCCUGUCUGCGGAGGCCAUCGGCAUCAUGCGGAGGCUGCUGCGGAGGAAUCCAGAGCGGAGGUUGGGGUCCAGUGAGCGAGAUGCAGAGGACGUGAAGAAGCAGCCGUUCUUCAGGACACUGGGCUGGGAAGCCCUGCUGGCCCGGCGCCUGCCCCCACCCUUCGUGCCCACGCUCUCGGGGCGCACCGAUGUCAGCAACUUCGACGAGGAGUUCACCGGGGAGGCCCCCACGCUGAGCCCACCCCGCGACGCGCGGCCCCUCACUGCCACUGAGCAGGCAGCCUUCCAGGACUUCGACUUCGUGGCCGGCGGCUGCUAGCCCAUCCCCCGCCCCUGCCCCGAGCUCUUAGUUUUUAAAAAGGCCUCGGGGUCUGCCCCAGCCCUGCA